UUCAGCUUCCAGUCAGUUCUCGCGAGAUUUGGCGGCUCCACACAUUAGACAUAUGGCUUAUGGUGCUAGGAACCGGUCGUAAAGUAACUUAGCAUUAGAAGCGUGUUGUCUGUGAUCAAUAUCACUGUGUACAUUUUAAUAUGUAACGUCAAACACCACACUACUGUCGCCAUCACCCGAGAAGUCUGGAUCAUUUAGAGGAUCAUAGAGAUGCUGCCCGGUUGCUAGCGUGCUACAGUUAGCAUAGCUACAUGCUAACGUUAGCAUCGUGUGGGACAACGUGAAGAGCGUCUUUACUGAGUAACAGUAUCCGUCGUAGGUUCACAAUGAAGUGUCACUAUGACAUACUGGGUGUGAAACGAGACGCAGGAGACGGUGACCUGAAGAAAGCCUAUCGUAAACUAGCACUGAAAUGGCACCCGGAUAAAAACUUGGACAAUGCAGAUGAUGCGGCAGAGCAGUUCAAGCUGAUUCAAGCAGCUUAUGAUGUCCUGAGUGAUCCGCAGGAGAGAGCCUGGUAUGACAAUCACAGGGAUGCUCUGCUGAAAGGAGGAAUCAGUGGAGAUUAUGAAGACGACAGCAUUGACCUGCUGCAGUACUUCACGGUCACCUGCUACUCUGGCUUCGGUGAUGACGAGAAGGGCUUUUACACAGUCUACAGGAAUCUCUUUGAGUCCAUUGUUAAGGAGGAGAUGGAGCAUGUUAAGGUGGAUGAAGAGGAAGAAGACGAGGAGUUUCCUCCCUUUGGAGACUCUCAGAGCGACUAUGACAGCGUAGUGCACGUGUUUUAUGGCUACUGGCAGAGCUUCUGCACUCGCAAAAACUUUGCCUGGAAGGAGGAGUACGACACGAGGCAGGCCUCCAACCGCUGGGAGAAAAGGGCCAUGGAGAAGGACAACAAGAAGACCAGAGAGAAGGCUCGAAAAGAGCGCAACGAGCUUGUGCGUCAACUCGUGGCUUUUGUUCGCAAGCGCGACCGCCGCGUACUGGCCCACAGGAAGCUGGUGGAGGAGCAGAAUGCUGAGAAGGUCAAGAAGGUGGAGGAGCUGAGGCGGAAGCAGAAGCUCAGCCAGGCCAAACUGGCAGAGGAGUACAAGGAGCAGAGCUGGGCGGCCAUGUCUGAACUGGAAAAGGAGCUGCAGCAGAUAGAGGCUCAGUACGGAGAGGAGUUUGGAGAUGCAUCCGAGAGUGAGGAAGACGAGCUGGAUUUGGAGACGAACGGUGAAGAGGGAGGAGAGGCAGAGCAGCCUGACGGAGAAGAACUGAUGAUCGAUGAUUAUUAUGAUGAUCUGUACUGCCCGGCCUGUGACAAAUCCUUCAAAUCCGAUAAAGCUAUGAAAAACCAUGAAAAAUCCAAAAAGCACCGGGAGCUGUUGGCGUUACUACGACAACAGCUGGAGAAAGAGGAUGAAUCAUUUGGUCUUAACUUGGAAGGAAAGGUGGGAAUUGAGGAGGAGGACGAGGAAGACGAAGAUGAUGAAGACAAGCCAAGGCAAAAGCUGUCCAAAAAGCAGAAGAGAAAAAAGAAACAGCAGAAAGUAGCACAGCAGAGUGCUCCUGAGGUUGGGGCGGAGGGGGAGGCGGAGGAGGAGGAGGAAGUGGAGAAACCAACGCUGACCACCUGCGCGGAUGAUGCCCCCGAGAAGUCAGAAAACACUGCAGAGCCUGAGAAGCAGGACGAUCCCACUCCCACCGAAGUCAAGAGCAGCUCUGUGAAGACGAAAGGAAAGAAGGGAGGAGGAAAAGACAAACCGAAGAGUGUCAAGUCAGACACAGGAGGAGAACAGGUUCCUGAGCUCCAGGAGGAAGUCAACCUCCGCUGUGUGACCUGCAACAACGAGUUCUCCACAAGAAACAAGUUGUUCGACCAUCUGAAAACCAGCGGUCACUCCAGCCCGCUCUCCUCAAACGCUCCUCACAGCUCCGUGAGCAAGAGCAAAAAAGACAAGAAGAAGAACAGAUAACACAUCUUCAUCCGGGCAAAGGGUGCGACUCAGCAGGGACACCGAAAACUCUGGGAAGUCUCAAGAGAGAGAGGGAGGAAGAUAAACUAAAAGAAACCUUUGAAAGUGGACUUUUAAUGGACUGGAUGGCACACUCUGAGGAUAUAGUUUUUUGUUUUUUUUUAAUUACCCAAUAAUCUUGUUCAGUGGGACAGUUAUGUGUGUGUGAGCGACUGAGACUCUUAGUACACUUCCCAGUAACUUAUAAACGUGUGUCUGCUGAUAAACCAGUGGAGAACAUGCCGGAUAUGCAUAUAGGAUGAACCCUUUUAUCAGAUCCUCUACUGUUUUUGGAAUCCGGUAUCUUGGUUUGUCAUGAAGAACUCUGUAGUGGUAUUACUGCAUCCUAAAAAUAAAGGUGAUACUGCAUGUUG